AUGCUUCGCUCCGCCAGGCUCAUCACCUCGCGCCAGCAUCCCGUCGCAACCAACCGUGCCAGCCAUCACACCGUCGCUGCCGCCUCGUCAGCAGCCGCUCUUUGCACCACACGGCGGCAACCUUUGCCAUCGUCUUCGAAGCUGCAUGGCCCCCUCUGCCCAUCUUCCACCCGCCAUGCACCACCACGGCAUGUCCCAACAACCACCACCGCCCUGCGCCGGCUAGCAACAUCCGCGCCCGACUCGGCGUCGGCAGCCCCCGUCGAGGCAAACGCACUCCAAGUCACCGACCCGCUCCUCAUCUACCGCGCCAAAGUGGCCCGCGGAGAGCUCGAAGAGGACGAGGAGCAGCUCCGCGCCCUCGUAGAACUGCGCCGCAUCAACCGCACCCUCCGCGACUACAUUCCGCCCGCACACCUCCUCGGCAUCCUCAACCAGGACACCCAUGCCCAGGAGGCCCAGGCCGCAAGGACCAUACAGCAGCAGCGGCGCCUCGCAGAGCAGCGCAGCCAAGACGACCAAGACCCUUCCCCUGUCCCUCAGAAGGAAAAGAUCGGCGACCUGGUCCGCUGGCUCAGCGACACAGAGGGCCUGGCAGAGCUCGGCACGCCAAAGGGCCUCAUGAUCACUGGCACCCCCGGCACGGGUAAGAGCAUGGUCAUGGACAUCUUCUACGACAGCCUUCCCACCAAGCACAAGUUCCGCAGGCACUACCACCACCUCCUCCUUGACCUCUACAAGAUCAUCUGGGACGAAGCAGAGCGCAGGCGCAUCGCACUCCGCCAGGGUGGCCCGCGCAAGACGGUCGCGCCCAGGAGAGGGCUCGGAGGAGUGUGGGUCAGGGAGGGAAAGGGCAAGGGUAAGGCAGCCCCGGCCAGCGACGCCAGCCCGGACAACCAGAGGGGCUGGAAGCGGCUGCUCGAGGGCAUGCCCUUCAUGCGCUACGACUCGCUCGAGGACAAGCCCGCCGACGCGCCCGACAUCCCCGGCCCGGACGGCGACGUCGUCAAGACGACGCUGCCCCUUCACGCCGCCGCCCACCUCUUCCUCAAGCAUGGCCACAUCCUCCUCUUUGACGAGAUCCAGCUGGUCGACGUGGCAUCCGCCGGCCUUCUCCGCAGGACCCUCGAGGCCUACUGGCGCCUCGGCGGCGUCGUCAUCGGCACCAGCAACCGCAUCCCAAAGGACCUCUACGCCUCCAACGUCCAGCGCGGCCAGCUGACGCAGUUCCUCGAGAUCCUCGGCGAGCGCUGCCCCAACUUUGAGAUGCGCAAGACGCGCGACUUUCGCAGAGAGCCCUUCUACCGGGAAGAGUGGCUCAAGCGUAGGCAGCAGGCCGAAGGCGAAGGUGAAGAGGGCCAGGACGCCGCCGGCGAGGCUGCAGGGCGAGAGGCUACGGGACCCGAGUCUGCAGCGCCUCCGCGCCGGGCGACGUACUUUGUGCGCGGCGAGGAGGACGAGUUCCGCGCCGCCGCCCAAGACGCCAUCCGGGGUCGCGAGGGCAUUCCGGCCUCGGUCGAGGUGUACGGCCGCAAGCUGCUGAUCCCUUUCAGCAUCUCGGCCUCGGAUGCAGGGCCCAGCGUGUGUCGAUUCACGUUUGAGCAGCUGUGCGACUCGCCGCUCGGGCCCGCCGACUACCUCACGCUCGCCUCGACCUACCACACCUUUAUCAUCGACGCCGUGCCGCAGCUCACGCUCAUGCAGAAGAACCAGGCGCGCCGCCUCAUCACCCUGCUCGACGCCGUCUACGAGGCGGGAUGCCGCCUCAUUCUGCUCGCCGACAGCUCGCCAGACGACCUCUUCUUCCCCGACGCAAAGGACGCCGCAAGGCAUGCGGCCAAGGGCGCGGCGGCGGGGCCCGGCACCAUCGUCGAGGAGAUCCGGGGCGGGCAGUACGUCACGAGCUCUGCCGGCGAGCACGACGACGUCGUCGACAUGUCGGCCAACGGCGGCAUCAACCCGUUCAAGACGCCGCCCGCGGGGCAGGCGUAUCCGGAGGAGCAUGAGCUGGCCGAGGCCCAGCGCCGGCAGCGGUCGUCGCAGCAGCGCGUCGACGUCGAGCGCGACGAGUUCAUGAGCGACAGCCUGAUUCAGAUGGAGACGCUAUCCGAGGCGCUGCAGGACACCGAGGAGGGCUUCCGUCCCAACAUCCUGCCGUACGAGUCGCGGCCCGACCGCUCGGCCGGCGCACGCGAGGCGAUGCGUGAAGAGGAGCGCGGCAAGCAGCGGCCCGAGGACGAGCUGGCGCUGCAGCGCGAAAGGGAGCUCUCGGACAAGGUCGGCUUCAAGCAUCUGGCCCUCUUUUCGGGCGAGGACGAGCGGUUCGCCUACCAGCGCGCGGUGUCGCGGCUGUUUGAGAUGAGCCAUCCGGACUGGGUGGUCCGCAAGAGCUGGAGGCCCUUCCUCAACGGCGAGAUGGACAGCUGGAAAGGGAGCGAGGCCGAGAAGCGGGAGCGCAUGCGCGAGCUCGGCCAGGUGCCCGCCGUCGACGCCGCCGCCGCCUCGUCGGCCGGGGCACCGACCCCGCUUCUCGACGAGGCCCGCGCCCAGCUCGACGGCGCCAAGGCCACGGUCCGGCCGCUGCGACACACGCCCGCCGGUCUCGAGGCUGAGGGCGACUUUGCCGACGAGGCGAGCUACCAGGAGUCGACCUUCCCCGCCCGCAACGCCGACCCGUCGUACUGGACCGAGGAGCACCGGCGGUACUAUGACCAGCCGAACCGUGGCGCGUCCAACGCCGGGCUCCCCGAAGAUGGCAGGCCCAACUUUGACCCGGGCCCCGUGGGCAGGCGGGACCGCGAGGGUCUGCCGGUGCUGAGCGACGUGCACUUCUGGGGCGUGAGGGAGGACUGGGGCAAAAAGGCCGGUCCCUGGGGACGCGGUGCGGCCGUGUUUGAAAAGGAGGCGGCCGGCGGCGAGGGCGCUGGCAAGGGUGAGGGUGAGGGCGAGGGGAAAGGUCAAGGGUUGGACUCUGAGCUGCCUCGACCGUCGGGUGCGGCAUCCUCUGGCGGCCCAGGUUCCGCCGCGUCGACGACUGCGACCACGGGCGCGACGUCGACGCCGUUCCACCCGACCGGGCGCCGAUCCAUGUCUACCUCGGCCACCCACGCUGGUGGCAGCAGCAGCAGCAGCAGCAGCAUGAGGAGCGUGCCGCGGCGAGGCUUUUCGACGACGCGGCGCGCGGCGGCGCAGGUGGUGCCGGAUCACUACAAGACGCUGCAGAUCCAGCGCACGGCGUCCAAGGCGCAGAUCAAGGCGCAGUUCUACAAGCUGUCCAAGGAGCUGCACCCGGACGUCAACCCGAGCGACGACGCCAAGAAAAAGUUCCAGCAGGUCAGCGAGGCGUACGCGACGCUCGGCAGCGAGACUGCGCGGCGGGUGUACGAUCGGGACACUUCGGCCUCGUCGAUGCAGUACGGCGGCGGUGGUGGUGCCGCGACGCCGGGAUACAGCUACGACCCGACGUCGAACGCCUCGCGGCGGGCGCGCGCCACGUACGCGUGGAACCACACACGACGCUCGCACCCGUCGUCGUCGUCGUCGUCAUCAUCGUCGCAGCAGCGCAGCGAGUCGGCGGGCCGCCAGACGCACUCGUCGAUCUUUACGCACACCAAGUCGCACUUUGAGACGCUGGCGGCGCGGCAGAGGAGGCGCGAGGAGCUCAACAACCACCGCGCUCGUUCUGGCGUCGGCGGUGCCGGCGGUCGCGCGGCGCGGCAGCACUACGACGAGACGCGCACCCUUCAGGAGGAGAGCUCGAGCGCCGUCGUGCGUUUCCUUCAGGUCGGGUUCAUGCUCUACGUCGUCUUCAAGCUGGGCACCAUGUUUGUCGGCUCUUCGGCCGUCGGCGCGCAGGCUGACGACGAGUGGGAGGAUGUCGAGGAUGUCGAGGUUGAGGUCGAGGUCGAGUGCGUGGUCAGGGCGAUGAGGGGUUCGCACAGAGGAAACGAGGAUGGGUUGCAGGCGUCUCGGACGUUGUAG